UUGUUGGUGGACCACAACAAGACUGAAGAAAAUCAAGGAUGGUUAAAAGAGUACUUAUCGAAUCAGAUGCUCUGGAAGUUUGUAUGGUUCAUGCAUUGUCAACAGAAAAGGAAGAAGUAAUGGGAUUACUCAUUGGAGAGGUAGAAGAUAAUAUCUCACACAUACAUGCUGUUAUAAUGCUACGUAGGCUUGAUAAAAGAAAAGAUAGGGUGGAAAUUUCACCUGAACAACUUUCAAGUGCAUCCAGUGAAGCUGAAGAUAUAGGAUAUAAAACUCGAGCCCAAAAGUCAUUACGAAUAAUUGGAUGGUAUCAUUCACAUCCACACAUUACUGUAUGGCCUUCUCAUGUUGAUGUGCGUACACAGGCCAUGUAUCAAUUGAUGGAUAAAGAUUUUGUGGGUUUAAUCAUCUCCUGUUUUAAUGAUAAUACUGCGCACCUUGGUCAGAUGCAAGUGACAUGUUUCCAAUCAAUUGAUGUUUCUUCAACUCAUCCACCCAGAUAUGAGAGACUGGAGAUUCCACAAGAAAUUAUACCUUGUAACACUAUCAGUGGUGCAUGCUUGCAAUCCUUAUCCAGUUUACCACAAAUUCUCUAUCAGGAGGAAUAUGAUUCUUACAACAAAUCGCUAAGACAUGACGACCAAGACUUGCUCACGGCUGUUCAAAAUGCUUCUGUAUUUUCCAAAUCAAUAAUUCGAAUUAUCGAGAUGAUAUGUUCGCCGAUUUUACAAAUUUUGGAAAAUAAUUUACAAAUGAAAAAGAAAAAGAUGGAAGAAUUAAAAAGUCGCCAUGAGUGUCUAGAAAAGCAACUGGCGAAUAUUUUGGGCGAGCAGGAAAAACGUUGACUUUUCACGUUUUCGUUUCAAUGUUUUAUUCCGCUAGAGAGAUUUGACACUCAACUUCAGAAGUAACCGUUGUUCUGUUUUAGUUUACUUACUUGUGGUGGCAUAGGUGUUGUGGUAACUCCUUGUUAAGGCUUGUACACGAACGAAACCCUUGUGGCUAGUUUCUUUCUUCUGGGCGCGAAUUUGAUACAAUAUUAUACAGUUAUUAAUUUUUGCUUACCAGUUUGGUUUUUCUUCGGAUAAAUGAUGGUUUUAUAUGGAUGACACCAUGAUAUAGAAAGCAUGUGACAGUGAAGGUGUAGACGUGUGUCAACAAAGCUGUCUCCUCAACACCUACUACUGUUUUUAACCAUGUUAUAAUACUACAAUGGAUUUGUCGGAAGGUACGAAUGUGGAACAUUGUUUUAAAAAAACACAGACAUUAUAUUAUCACUAUCUUAAUAAAGAAUGAAAUGCUGAAUCCAGUUGCGGUUAUGUUUUGUUACGUUUCUGAGGUUAUGUAGCAAUAAAUGUUCGUUUCUUUUCUUCGA